UCUGGACCAACUUCCGGUGUGUUGUUGUCGAUUUCCCAGGGUUCCACGGGGUAUUUCCUUCUCUUCUCUUGGACUGUCUUUUCGUGAAGGCAGACCCAAAGCCAUCAUGGCGGUCCUCAGACCCCUUACCAAACCGAAUAUCGUGAAGAAAAGGACCAAGAAGUUUAUUAGGCAUCAAUCAGACCGCUAUGUUAAGAUCAAGAAAAACUGGCGGAAACCGAGAGGUAUUGAUAACAGGGUCCGCAGGCGCUUCAAAGGACAGAUGCUGAUGCCAAACAUUGGUUAUGGUAGCAACAAGAAGACCAAACACAUGCUGCCCACUGGGUUCAAGAAGUUCCUGGUCCACAAUGUCAAGGAACUUGAAGUCCUUUUGAUGAGUAACAAGAGCUACUGUGCCGAAAUUGCCCAUAACGUCUCCUCAAAGAACAGGAAGCUGAUCGUGGAGCGGGCGGCUCAGCUGGCUAUUAAGGUCACGAACCCCAACGCAAGAUUGCGCAGCGAGGAGAACGAAUAAUCUGGCUUUUGGUGUAUUUACAAUAAAGUGAAAUAUGUUAAA